ACUGUUUCUAAUUUGUCAAACACCUUUUCCUCCAGUUGUAACUUUGAGCUCGAUGACUUUGUUUACAUCUUGAUUCUUGGUUGGGAGUUUUGAAUGGGAAACAAUAUUAUAAAAUUACAUCAAUCGACUAGCCAUUUCUGACUAGUCUAACACUUCUUCUUAUUUAGUCAUUUUCAUCAAUUAAAAUUUGUGUUCUAUUGAAUCUUCAUUUUUCUAUCAACCGGAAAAUUGCUAAAAUGGCAGAUUGUCCUAAGGAAUGUUCACCGGAAAAUAAUGCAGACAAUACAUCUACAGAGAUUGCGGAAGGUAAUGCUGAGCCAUCAAGUGAAGAGAAUCCCAACAUUGAGUUGAUAAAUAUAGAUGAAAACAUGACGGAACUGGAUUUGAAUCAUCAAAGAAUCCCGGCCAUUUCUUCCAUCACAUCGCUUCAUAUGGCAAAAUCGUUGGAACGAUUGUACCUUAGGUGGAAUCUCAUUAAAAAGAUUGAUUAUUUGGAUCCUAUGGUUCAGUUGAAGGAAGUUGAGUUGUACGACAAUCAAAUUACAGUAAUUGAAAACCUGGAUACGCUGGUCAAUCUCGAGAUAUUGGAUCUGUCUUUUAAUCGGAUAAAAGAAAUAAGAGGACUGGAUAAUCUCAAAAAUCUUGAAAAGUUGUUUCUUGUCUCUAACAAAAUAACAAAAAUUGAGAAUGUCGAUCACCUCAAAAAACUAAAAAUGUUGGAACUUGGUGACAACAAAAUAAGGACAAUUGAAAAUCUAAGCGGACUAGAGAACCUUGACUCACUGUUUCUGCAUCAAAAUAAACUUAAUAAACUCUUAGAUUUUUUGUUAAGUAAUUUAGAUUUAUUGAGAUGUUAUGGCAACCGAAUCACUAAAAUCGAAAAUCUUGAAAAUCUUGUAGAAUUGGAACAACUCUACAUUUCAGAAAACGGAUUGACUGAAAUCGAAGGACUUGAAAAUAACAAACUGAUAUCAACUUUGGACCUGGCUUCAAAUAAAAUAACAGUCAUUAAGAAUGUCAGCCAUCUAGAAGAUUUGGAGGAAUUCUGGCUGAAUGACAACAACGUAUCCGAUUGGAGUUGCAUCGAUAACUUGGCUCAGAAUAAGAAAUUGUCAACUGUCUAUUUGGAGCACAAUCCUGUCUAUAAAGAUGCCAACUACAGGCGAAAAAUCAAAUUGGCGAUUCCAUGGAUCACACAAAUUGACGCUACUCUGGCUCGGUAA